GGUUAAUUACCUUUUCGAUCAAGGAUCCAAAAUUCUAACGCUAGUCUUGUUCUCUUCCUCUCCCCCCCCGUUUCCUACCCUCUUCCCCCAAUUCGAGAGGCGGCUUCGGUUCGCUUUAUAAACCCUAAUUUUUUUGUGUCCGUUUUGUAUCGAAACCCUAAUUUUCCUCUAGGAAUCGAAAAAAAUGGUCUUUUAUUUCAAGGCGCGGCCUGAGGCCGGAGAUUACACAAUUUUCAUGGGGCUCGACAAGUUCGAGAACGAGGAGCUCAUCAAAUACGGAUUCCCCGAGGAUAUCUGGUUUCAUGUGGACAAGAUGUCAUCAGCCCAUGUUUAUUUGAGAUUGAACAAAGGGCAGACGAUUGAUGAUAUCAGUGAAGGAGUGUUGGAGGAUUGUGCUCAGCUGGUUAAAGCCAAUUCGAUCCAAGGGAAUAAGGUGAACAAUAUCGAGGUUGUUUACACGCCAUGGUAUAAUUUGAAGAAAACGGCUUCGAUGGAUGUUGGGCAAGUUGGUUUUCACAAUUCUAAGAUGGUUCGCACUGUUAAAGUUGAAAAGCGGCUGAAUGAGGUCAUUAACAGAUUGAACAAGACAAAAGUAGAGAGGAAGCCGGACUUGAAAGCUUGUUUAUCAUUCACAGCUGAGCGUGAAGCAGUUAAUGCUGCCGAGAGAGCUGAAAGGAAGCAGCAACUAAGAGAUAAAAAACGGCGAGAAGAAAUGGAAAGGCUGGAGAGGGAAAAGCAAGCAGAGAUAAGAAGCUACAAGGGUCUCAUGGUCUCGGACAAGAUGACCUCGAACAAACAAAUUGCGUCUGCGAACAAGUCUCUUCAAGAACUCGAAGAAGAUUUCAUGUGAGCUGAGAUCAAAUCCAUGAUUCUGAGUCGAGAUGAGAAAUAUGUACUAUGGCCAUAUGAGUGCAUGGCAUAAACAACUAAUGCUCAGGUAACCUGGAAAAUGCUAAGUUGUGAUGAGAUCUGUUGUGUGGCCCUGUUGGUAGAAUGAAGUUCCGUGUGACCUAUGUGAAAGCAAAUAAUUUGACUUAAAUUUUCAAAAAAAGAAGAGCUUAUUAAUUGUUUUCUUAUUUAUUUUUCCUUCUUUU